GAAAAUUCUUUCCCGAUCGAAUAGCCCUAGGGCUUCUUUCUCUUCUUCCUCCUUCGGCUCCAUUACUUUGGACCUCUGCUCUCGCAGAACCCGUAAACCACAGAACACAGUAAUGGGGAAGAAGAAAACCAGCGACCCCAAAAACCCCCGCGAAGCAAUGGCUUCCCUUUCUGCUUCCUCCAGCGUUUUCGAGACUCUGUUCGGCAACGUUGGAGUACAAAGCGGCGGCGUUUCUAUCUUCUCCAGUGACAACCCUUUUCGCCGGAGACACCAGGCGGCGGAUUCGGAUUCCAUUCCUGCCGCUGCUGCUGAAGAAACUCCCGGUGCCGGUUCUAAUGACCAUAUUGUUGAUGACGUGAAGAGUUUGAAGAACGGCAAGGAGAAAAGGGCUGGAAACGAUUUGGGUUCUGCUGAGGAGGCUUCCAAAAGUUCGUCGGAGAUCAAGAAAUCGAAGAGGAAGGAGAAGAAUCGGGACCACCGCGACUUGGGUAAUGGAGCUAUCGAGGAGGAAGGUGGAGAAAAUGGUGGGUUGGGUUCCCAAUCGCUAGGAGUACUGAAGAAGAACAAGAGAAAAGGUUCUGCUUCGGGCUCUGAAAUUAAUGAUACUAAAGAAACGAGUCCGGAAUUUAGUGGAGCGUUGAAGGUAGAAGAACAAAGUAAUAGGAAAUUGAAUCCUAGGUCGAAGACCGGCGAAAGGACUGACAGUAAGCUCGGUGAGGUUGGGAAGUUGAUGAAAGAGAAGAAGAAGAGGAAGAGAGAUGAACUUGAGAGAGAGUAUGAAGCGAGGAAGUAUGGUGCAUCGGAGGUAGCUGAGGAUGGGGAGGAAGGUUCAGGGGGCAAUGUUGCUGGGAAGAAGAGGAAAGCACUGGACGAUCCUUCGGAGAUGUUGGUUUCGAAGGAAGGAUUUGAUGAUGAAAGCAAGCUUUUGAGAACUGUGUUUGUUGGGAACUUGCCAUUGAAAGUGAAGAAAAAAGCUUUAGGCAAGGAGUUUAGCCGAUUUGGAGAGAUUGAAUCUGUUAGGAUCCGGUCUGUACCACUUGCGAAUAGCAAAAAACCAAGGAAGGGGGCAAUUCUUUCAAAAAAAGUCAACGAAUCUGCAGAAAGUUCUCACGCAUACAUUGUUUUUAAAAUGGUGGAAUCAGCACAGGCUUCUUUGUCCCAUAACAUGGCUGUGUUUGCAGGAAAUCAUAUACGUGUUGAUAGGGCAUGCCCCCCGCGUAAAAAGUUGAAAGUAGGAAGUGCCCCAAUCUAUGAUCCGAAGAGAACCGUUUUUGUGGGUAACCUUCCAUUUGAUGUAAAGGACGAAGAAUUGUAUCAAUUGUUUUGUGGAAUCGACAAUCUGGGAGCCAGUGUUGAAGCUGUUCGGGUCAUCAGAGAUCCUAAUGUGAACAUAGGGAAGGGCUUUGCAUAUGUUUUCUUUAAAACAAGGGAAGCAGCAAAUUCCGUAGUUAAUAAACAAAAACUAGAGUUACGGGAUCGAUCAUUGAGACUCUUCCAUGCUAACCCGAAUUUGGUGUCAACCCCGCUAAAGAAACGGAGUAGGCCACCUACAGAAGCCGAUCGCACUCCAGCAAAGAAAAUGGCAGUGGGUCCAGGCUCGUGGACACCAGACAGCAGCAAGAGGGCAACUCCAAAAUCUACUCCUGCAUCCUAUCAAGGUUUGCGCUCAAGCAAAACCGGUAGUGCCCAGAAGAAGACCGGUACAAAACGCACUGGUCUGAAAUGGCCAAAAUCGAACUCAAAUAGUAAAGAGAAGCCAGUAGAUCACAAGAGGAAAAAACCAGAGAAGACACCUGAAAGGAAGGGAAAAAGACCAGCAGUUGCCAACAGAAAGGCAGAGGCAAGAGCGUCGAAAAAUGGCGGUGCAGCGCCGAAACAAGCCGGGGCGAAGCGCAAGUCCGGUAGCCGAACCCCUGAGAGCUCUCACAGAAACAAGAGAGUCAAAAGGUUUAGAUAGAAAAACACAGCAGGAAAGAAGUUGAUGUGGACUGAACUGAGUUAUUUUACUCUCUUUGUAUUCAUUUAUGUGUUUUAUUAACUCUCCCCUUCUGAUUAAGGAAAAGUUAAUAUCAUCAACUUUUUCUUUGUAUUA